GAUGUCUACUUUCUUAAAAUUCAACACACUUGGGCCCAAAACAAAGAACUUUGUCGUAGCUGGAGGACUGACAAGUUUCGUAUUUGGAGUGUAUUUCUACACAAUGAGAGCUGUUGGAGGCACCGAUGAGCUUCAGGUAGCUAUCGAUAAGUUCGAAGAUCUGAAAACUAGUAAUGAGACAGCAGAAUCAACUAGCCUACCAAAGUCUUGAGCGUCUCGUCCCCCCUUUGUCAUCCUUCUAGUCUCUUUUUGUUGAUAAAUGAUGUUGCUCAAAUGACAGAUGAUACUGAAGUCCAGGAAAACCUUUUGAGUCGUUUCGUUGAAUAACAGUUUUUUGGAACAAUGAUGUUUCUUGUAAAAAGUACUGGUUACUCAUGAUACAGUGUUUCUUUGUCAUAGAGAAUUUUAGAAUCUUAUUCCAUGCUGGUUUUUACUUAUUAUGAGAUCUGAAUUUCAUUUGGUUCUGUUCCGAGACUUUUUA